CUUGUGGGUAUUUUAGGCGUUCGAGCCCUAGAGUGGUUAAGCUUGGAGAUGGAACGGGGUUGGUUCGGGUUGGUUCUCCUUAACUAACGUCGUAGUGGAAAUUUACGCGAGUAUUUGCGGCACUGCCUAAAAUUCUAGAUGCGAUUUGCUCUUCGAUUUGGAAUCGUGGUUGUGCUUCGUGUUGCUUUUUUGGAUCAAAGUUUAAUGACAUUGUCACAUUGUUGAUACACUAUUAUUGUUCUUUAUUGGAUAGUAAUACCACUAAAUUAUUUUUCAAGAGGAUGAAGAUUGAUUUCUUGGGCUGAAAAUUCUGUCUACACGCCCAAAAAAAAAGGAAAGAAAAGAGCAGAAUGUUAGGAAAUUGGCACCAAUAAAUCUAGUGGCGAAAGUUUAGAAAAAGUCGAGACGUAGGAAAAAAACCUGUAGAAUUUGUAUUUUGUUGCAGUUGGAAACUUGGAAGGAUGAAAUGUAUGCAAAAGACUAUAUCACCUCAUGCUUCACUAGGUUUGCAUUAUGGUCGAGUGAAUUGGAAAGUUUGGAUGGUCAGUUCCCGGUGAUGAUUCUUUUCUCUGAUGUGGAAGAAACUCUUACUCUUCCCAAAUAUUCAAAUCACCUCAGGUCCCCAGGUAUUGGAGUUGGAACCUUCGGUUACUUUUUUCGAUGUGUCAUUGGAACCUUCUUAUUAUCUGAAGAAAGAAACACUUGAAGAGACCUUUACUCUGAGGUGUAAUGUGGAAAGUACGCUUGUUGAUUGUUACUAGAUGGGAAAAUCCGUCGCAGACGAGAAGAUUCUCAGCUACAAUGAUGUGGUACUCAGACCGUCAGACCUCGACAUUCUCAAUGGUCCAUAUUUUCUCAACGAUCGCAUCAUUGAAUUUUACUUCAGUUACCUUUCUUGCUGCUAUCCUUCUGAGUACAUCUUACUAGCCCCACCUUCAAUUGCUUUCUGGAUAUCAAAUUGUCCAGACAUUGACUGCCUCAAGGAUUUCUUACAACCCCUCAAUCUUUCUAGGAAAAGCCUAGUAAUCUUACCCGUCAAUAACAACAAUGAUGUGACUGUAGCUGAAGGUGGGAGUCAUUGGAGCUUACUUGUGUUUGAGAGAACUGCUAAUGUAUUUGUACAUCAUGAUAGUUAUGGGGGAAUAAAUUCAAGGCAUGCCAAACGGCUUUAUAAAGCUAUUGUCGGCUAUAUGGAGACUUGCGACACUUGUAGAUAUCUAGCAUGGGAUAGAACCCCGCAGCAGGUGAACAGCUAUGAUUGUGGUUUAUAUGUUACUGCUAUUGCAAAAGCUAUAUGCAGCUGGUAUGGAAGUGGUGGACAAAGAGAUGGAGAUCAGUUGUGGUUUUCGGUGGUGAAUGACCAGGUUACUCCGUCCGUUGUUGCUGAGAUGCGGAAAGACAUUUUGAGGCUGAUUACAAGUUUAAUGGCCGACGAGUAAAAAUCUUGAAUUGCUUUUGUUUGUUCAAGACUUGACAGGCAAGGGUUGUUUCCUUCAGCUGCAAAAAGGAUACCCCUGCACUACGGGGACCUGGUUCCUGGACCGCAUUUAUAAAUACUGCACAUGUAUGUAGUCUAAGAGGGUGUCACCGUCGAACCCAGUAUUUGCUCUUAGAAAGAGGUAUCAGACAAGGUACUCUUCUCCCCCUUUGUUUCUGGAUACAAAUGACCCAGAAAUAUUAAGCUGUUUUAAUCAAUUUGGUACAUUUUUACAUCA